AUGGGAAAAGAAAGAUGGCUACCGUCGGUGAUUGUUUGUUUUGGUGUAGUGCGUAAAAUAAUCCCUUUUUAAUCAAUGUUUUGCUGAAGCAUUCAACCGAAAAAUAGCGUAAUAUUGUACGGAAAGCAAACCGCUUCCGGAGCAAUAUAACGUACAGUGUUUAGUGUGCUGCUUAAAUCGAUUCAAGCGGCCGUAAAGUUUUUCCGCCCGAAGCAACACCUAACCUCACUUUUUGGUUUGGUGUGCGGGAACGAAUGUUUUGAUUGCGUUUGCAGACGUCUACGCGAUCUCGACCCGGCUUGUUUGUUUUGAUUUUGUUUUUUUCGGGGAGGGUGGGAGCUUCACCCUCUAUGCACGUUAACGCUGCCUAAACGCACCAUGGACAGUGCAGGCGGUAUGAAGUGCCUGCCGGUAACUAAUCACGAAAGCAAUGGAUCGCAUUCGGCCGGGACAAAACAACCAUCGAAAAAUGAAAAGUCGGCAAAAGGUGGCGCUAGUGCUAAUGGCAGGCAGAAAGAGCAGGGCAGCGAAUUGAGGCUGGUAAUGGAACCGCAAAACACUUCGCCCACCAAGUAUUUCGACAUUAACGGUGUACCGCUGCGCAAAGCAUUGGAAGACGGCAGUAUUGAGCCAUCGGGCACGGACAAAGCGGAUCAGGGCAGGCGGGGAAGCAAAGUGAGCAUCAAGUGUUGCAACUGCGAGAAAACGUUUGUCUCUAGAGCAGCAUACGAACUGCACUACCGCACAAGCUACGAGCAAGAUCCAGUGUACGAAUGCUCGGUGUGUGGCAAGCGCAUCAAACAGUAUCGGGCGUACCAGCUGCACAGCUACCGGCACAGCGCCAAUCAACGGUUUACCUGUCCGGACUGUUCUAAAACGUUUCACCAAAAGUCGGACCUGACUCGACACCAGAACGUCCAUCAGCCGAACAAUGGUUCCGGCUCGUCGAAAAGUGGUGAGGUAAAGCUGCAAGCAAUACCCUGCCCCCGGUGUGAUGCGAUUUUUGCAACGCAAGCCGAAUUUAAGGAGCACUCCAGAAAGCUGCACCGAACGCCGAAGCAGUUGGUCGAAUGUCCGGACUGUGGAAAAUCGCUUUCUACCGGCAGUCUCUAUUCCCAUCGCAAAAUACACUCGGAAAGCCCGAAGUUUUCCUGCCCCGAGUGUGGACGGACGUUCGUGCAGAAGAUUAACCUGAUCCAGCACCACAAAACGCACCUCGGCGAACGUCCCUUCCAGUGCGGACAGUGUGAUAAAGCGUUCUGUGAAAAGGCGCACCUGCAGCGCCACCUCAACUAUCACUCGGAGGAGCGGCCGUUCCGGUGUGAGCUGUGCGGCAAAUGCUACAAAACGGAACGCUGCCUCAAGGUACACUCGGCCGUACACAACAACGAGCGGCCGUUCGUUUGCCCCGAGUGCAAUAAAGGGUUCCUGAGCAGCUCGAAGCUACGCCAGCACAGCAACAUCCAUUCCGGGCUGCGCCCGUUCAAGUGCAAGUACUGUACGCGCGACUUUACCAACUUCCCCAACUGGCUGAAGCACAUCCGGCGCCGGCACAAGGUGGACCAUCGCACCGGCGAAAAGCUGGACAGUGUGCCAAAGUUUAUGACGAAGAAAAAGGGCGGCGUGGGGGUGCGCAAGCAGGACGCACAAUCGGAACCGUCGCUAGGGACGACGAAAAAGCGACCGAUCAAGAUACCGCUGCCGGAUGUGCUGAAGGACGAGUCGCUACCGUACUUUAGCGAAAGUUCCAACAUUGAUCUCAACCUAGUGUGUAAGGAUGAUCUGCUGCAGCCGCUGGCGGACGAAAUCGAGGACAUCUUUCAGUGCUUACCGUCCGACGAAUCGAAGCUAAGCAUCCCCGAACCGUUGGAGCAGCUGUGCGGUGGCUCGAGUAAACCGGCGGACGGACGGGAGCGGUUGGGGUGCGGGGGUAGCCUUCUGCCACCGGAGGUGGAUUGUGAUUUUAGCGUUAGAAGCCCGAUCGAGCACCAGCUGGACGUUUCGAACGAUCUCAUUAAGCAUGAACUUCCCAGCGACGCACUGUCCAGCUGCGAGAAGGAAACGUUCACCGGCGCGCUACUGUACGAUGCGCAGCUCGCACCCAUCUUGCCCGCGAUGGCCUCAUUUUGUGCCGGCGAAGAGCCGCCGGAACAGUUUCGGCUCAUCAAUCCACAUUUCAUACAUCUAUCGAGCGCGUCAUUGCUCGCCCGAAGCUCGAGAACUUCGCCGCCGGAGGACGCCGCCGUUGCCGUGCCGGUUUCCAUCGGUGAAUGAUGGUAGCUUCCCUCUCACUCCCGUACGACUUUAUUGCAUUUCUUCGUCCUGUUUUUUUUUUUCACAUUUCUCUUGCCGUAAUCCAGUUCGUCGUAAGCAAGCAGGUGCCCAUCACAAAGAUUUGCUGCUGAUUGUGUGAGGUGCGAUAUAAUAGGCUAGUGAUUAGAUAGCGUGAAUGAGCCCCCGCCCUCCCAAUCAAGAGGCAGAGCAUUAUCGUAUUCGUGCGAAGGAAAGAAAUGAUUCCAAUAUUGGUUUUUACUUUUUCGCUUACAUUCAAUGACCCAACAUGACUGAAAUUUAGCACCCAUUGCGAUGUGAAAGAAAUGUACCAAAACGUAAACACAUUUUUGUAGCAUUAAAAAAGGAAAAGGAACGUAUAUUUUUUUUCUAAUUUAUAUUACACACCAUGCCAACAGCUUGGUUAGCAUUUUUAUUAAAAGAAAACCAUAAAGAUACACAUACGGA